CUGAUUGUUUCAGAGCACCAUACCUAUCGGUAGGUAGAUAUCGAUAUGCAUCAGCUGUUCAGCAUUCUAUUCAACUGUUUGAGUGUGCGUGAACUUGAAUUCGGCGACAAACACAAUUGUGGUGAAAUAUCUGUCUCUAUCUUGAACCUGUAUCAAGGCCUGUCCAGACAUACACAAUUUCCUCAGCAAUGGGCAGCAGCACAUCCAAGGGAGUCGAAGUCGCUCAAGCCGCUGCAUCAGCACCCGUCGCCGCGACAAAUGCCGCCUCUGGUGCCAAACCCAAGUGCAAGGCAUGCUGCGCCUGUCCCGAGACCAAGCGGGCACGUGACCAGUGCAUGGUAGAGCGCGGCGAGGAGAACUGCACUGAACUGAUUGAGGCGCAUAAGAAGUGCAUGCGCGACGCCGGCUUCAACAUCUAAACAACUCUAACCUCCCAGCCCCCCCCUUCCCACUGUUUGUUUCUGUUGCAUCUCAUGAUAAUUAUUAUAGUCGUAAUUUAAUUGAAAGAGCCAAAUCUGCUCAUGCCGAA